AUGUUACCUCCAUCAACAAGCCAUUUCGUUUCAAGAAAACAGCGGUGUCUACAGCUACAGGGGAAACCAUCAAACCUUCUACUGGCAGCCAAACACCACCAGUGGCAGCAAAAGGCACAAAGACAGGCCGCCGAGACAAAGAUGCAUUAAAGGAGGUGUCUACAGCUACAGAGGAAACCAUCAAACCUUCUACUGGCUGCCAAACACCACCAGUGGCAGCAAAAGGCACAAAGACAGGCCGCCGAGACAAAGAUGCUUUGAAGAAAAAGAGGAAACGGAAAAAAACACAAAAGCAAAAGUCCCAUGGACCACAUUGGAUGCAUCACUCACCAAAGGAAGUUAUCCAAGCCACUAAACUGAAGUUCUCUCAUAUAGAUGGUUUUCAGUCCACCUUACUCUAUCAGAGUCUCCACCAAGGGGGUGUGGUUGGGACACCGCAGACGCCUUUUGUGCAAAUAUUAAACAUAAAUGACAACCACUGGAUAACAGCAAGUGACCUUUUCUGUGGACCCAAUGAGGUCUGCAUAUACGACAGCCUGAACUCAAACAUCACCAAGACGACAGCACAAAAAAUUUCCUGGUUGAUUCGUCCACAAGCACCCCAUUUUGACAUUAGAAAACCUGCCGUGCAAAGGCAGCAGUCAGGUAGCAGUUGCGGGUUUUUUGCAUUAGCCUUUGCAACUGUAUUAUGUGAUGGAGUCAAACCAGAGGAGUGCCAGUUUCAAGAGAGAAACAUGAGACAAACACUUUACAGAUCUUUAAACGACAAAAAAGCUCCGGUAUUUACAUACCAGAAAGUGCAAGCAAAGCCUGAUAGGGCGACACUUCAGGUGGAGGUUCACUGUAUUUGCAGGACCUCACACAACCAAGAGGUGAUGGUCCAAUGCAGCAACUGCAAUCGUUGGUACCACCCCAAUUGUGUCUCUGUCCCACCCAAAGCAUUGGACACUACCGCAGAAGAGUGGAACUGUGAAAUCUGCACUACUUAAAAUGCACAUAGUAUGGGUUGGGAUAAAUAUUGCAUUUUAAUUAUUGCAUUUUGUUGUAAUUUUAUUUUUUUACAUUUCUUAAUUGUUAUUUGGUACUGGUUAUUUCGAGUGUAACUUAUUCAAAAUAAACAACUCCUUUGUUU